GUAUAUAGCAAAUAUUCUUUAUCCAAUAUCUUGAAACACAAAAUCAGCCGUAAGAUCCUCUUCAAAAUGGUCUUUUAUGUAUUGUAUACAGAUGGUUAGUGACGAAUACAUAAAUUUAUUAAAAUUCAGGUCAUUUAUAAACUAAGACCUCCUAUGUAUAUUCAGCAACAAUUUGUACGAAUAUUUCAUUUUUCGUACAGAGGGUCGUGUGGUUGAGACAUUUUGCCACACAGUUAAUCUCCUAACUUUCACAUCACUUUCUAACUUCUCAUUGCAUUUUCUAGGUGUCUAGUUCUUUUUUUCACGUAAAUACACGAAAUCAAUUUUAUAAUUUUUAUGACUGUCCUGUCUUUCGGCUAUCUUUUGAUAAGUUACAAUUAGUUACUUCCAUUUUUUAUUUUUAGGUAUACUUAAUUCCACGCAAGAUAUGAUAAUACCUAUAUAUGGACCAAAUGGAGAAGUCGAUGAAUGGCUGUUGAUUGAGCUACAAGGUGAUAUUCUGUCCAAAACAAGUAAUUCUCUGGAGGGUAGAACAUUAGGUGAUCUACAUUUCUCACAACAGGUUCAAUUAUUUUAUUUCAUCUUUUGUAAUCUGUAUUUCUUUUUCCAGACUGGUGAUCCAGUUUUCCUUAUUGGUCAUCACGUCCUAUUUGGCAAAUUAAUUAACUUAGAGAAACCAAUGCUUAUCACAAAAAAAUGUGCUACCUCAGGGAAACUAAGUUAUGAAAUUGUUUCUGUCAUUCGCAGGAAAUUAUUGUUUAAAACGCGUCCCAAACCAAUUAUUUCAUCGGUUUCUAAAAAGGUUUAAGAAGCACAAUGAUAUAACCAGUUUAUGAAUGUGAUCCAUUAUUGUAAAUAUAUGCUUG